UUACAGCUAUUAUAGAAGUGGGUUUUUGUAAUACUUCCUAUUUGAGAGGAGUCCUUUUGAAGGAAUUACAUAGGUUCCUCCCCAUCAGCAAAUUAGUUCCUGACAGUUUGGAUUUUGAGCAUUUAGGGCGCAUGGCUUGAAGAUCCAUUCCAUUGAUAUGAUAGGCCUCACCAUUGAUGGGGGAGGCCAUGGAGAUCUCCCCGAAUCCGUAGAUCCCAACCCUUCGAUAUCAUGGCCUACAGAUAUACAGCUGAGAGGAAUAAAUAUGGCAAUGGUCCGCAUUCAAUUGAGAAAAAGAAAAACAUUAAAGGUUUGAAAUAUUUCAAGCUGGAAGAUAUCUAGAUAAUCCCCCAUCUAUGGUGAGGCCCAUCAUUUCAACGGUCUAGAUCAUUGAACCAUGGGCCCAACUUAAUUCCUGCCUUUUUCUUGAUGAAGAGUCAGAUAAGAGAAGAAAAAGGCAUUGUGGGGUGGGAAUAAGUGAUGUAUAAGAAUAGCUAUUUAAGUAGUUGAGGCUUCACAUUCUCUCAGUUUCUUAGGUUUGUUUCUUUUUUCUUUCUCCUUUGUGCUGAUGGAGCCUUCCCAACUCAUUGGAGGUACAGAAGAAUGUAACAGUAGUGAAUCUGGUUGGACCAUGUACAUUGCCUCCCCCAUGCAUGAUGUUGCUCUUAGUGAUGAUGAUCAUGAUGGUGAAGGUGAAGGUGAUGGUGAUGGUGAUAAUGACUGCAACAGUCAUGAUGAUGGCGACGGCAACAACAAUGACGGUGAUGAUGAUAGUGAUGACUCGAUGGCUUCCGAUGCUUCUUCCGGUCAGAGCCGCCGCGAACAUUCAUGCAAGCAUGGAGCAGUUGGUAACGGCAUUGACUGUUUGGAGCGUGACGAUGAGCAUGAGGAAGAUGAUGUUAUUGGCCGGACUUGCGUCGGUUAUCCGAAUAAGAAAGAUUGCAAACAAGGGGAGGAAAUGAAGGGUGGAGAGAGAAGGAUUCAAGGAGAAGAGAACAAGUUCCAUGUUUGCUCUACUACCAAAGCAAAGAAAACCAACUUGAAAGAAACACAGAAAUAAGACGUUUGUCUUCAAAUAAGGCAUUCUUCGUAGAAGUGUCUUCGUUGUAGUAGUAGCAGCUUGCAGAAGGAUUCUUAACUUAGUACUAAUGGGAUCAGGUAAGCUAGUUUGAAUUUUGGAUUGUACAAAACAAGAUCUUUGUAUUUCGUCUGAGUCCUAUCUUUUCGUUUUUGGCCGUAUGCACGUAUGAAUGAAUGGUGUUGAUGUA